UCUUCAGAAAAUGGAACCCCAACAAAAGGAGCUAAUAGGGUUAACAUCAUACCUCCAAUGAGUAAAAUAGUUGUAACAUCAGGAGUCAGCCCCGCACACAAUGGUCGUGUCUGCAGUACAUGGGGCAACUACCACUUCAAGACCUUUGAUGGGGACUUCUUCCAGCUGCCCUCCACCUGCAACUACGUCCUGACGUCGUUGUGCAGGAGCAACUAUGAAGAUUUCAACAUCCAGAUGAGGCGGCGGGUGGUGGACAACACGCCCACCAUCAGCACGAUCACCAUGAAGCUGGACGGAACAGUGGUGGAGCUCUCCAAACGUUCCAUGAAAGUCAACGGGGAGAAGGUCACCCUCCCAUUCAGCCAGUCUGGAGUUUUCAUUGAGAAGUCCCCCUCCUACAUCAAGAUCACAGCCAAACUGGGGCUUGUUGCCAUAUGGAAUGAAGAUGACUCCCUCCUGGUGGAGGUGGAUGACAAAUACAGAAACCAGACCUGUGGGCUCUGUGGUGACUUUAAUGGUGUCCAGACCUACGAUGAGUUCAUUAAACAAGGGGUAAAAAUAUCUCCUCUUGAUUACGGAAACUUCUGGAAGAUGGAUGGACCGACAGAAACCUGCACCGAACUGCCACUAAGCUCCGAUGAGAAAUGCACAGAUCUGACUUCUGUGUGCGAGCAGCUGUUCUCCAGCCCCGCCUUCAGCAGCUGCAAGGACCUGCUGGCCAUAGAUUCCUUCCUCCAAGCCUGCGUGGUGGACAUGUGCCACUGUCACAACAGUAGCAGCUCUUCCUGCCUGUGCCACACCAUUUCAGAGUACUCACGGCAGUGUGUGCAUGCUGGGGGAAAGCCUCAGCAGUGGAGGACCACCCAGUUCUGCUUCAAGUCGUGCCCUUUCAACAUGGAGCACCACGAGUGUGGGAUCCCCUGCGCGGAUACCUGCUCUAACCCAGAAAGAGGCCAGCUGUGUGAGGACCACUGCACUGAUGGAUGCUUCUGCCCACCUGGGACUGUCUUUGAUGACAUCCAGGAGAAAGGUUGUAUCCCAGUGAAUGAAUGUUCCUGCAUUCACAAUGGAAAGACAUAUGCACCUGGAGAAUCUUACACAAGCAGUUGCAAAAUAUGCACCUGUUCCGGAGGCCAGUGGAGCUGCAAUGAUGAGGACUGCCCAGGAACCUGCUCAGUGGAGGGGGGUUCGCAUGUGACCACCUAUGACAAAAAAUCCUACUCCUUCCAUGGAGACUGCACAUAUGUCCUCUCAAAGGAAUGUAAUGGAACUCUGUUCAUGGUGCUGGGUGACAUUGUCAAGUGUGGACUGACAGACACGGAGACCUGUCUGAAAGGUGUAACUCUGGCCCUCUCGGAACAAUCCACCGUGAUCAACAUCCAGGCAGAUGGAAAUGUCUAUGUCAAUGGAAUCUAUUCUCAGCUGCCUGCUACUCAAGGAAGUUCUACUAUUUUCAAACCAUCUACGUUCUACAUCAUCAUCGAGACAGCCUUCGGGCUGCAGGUGAAGGUCCAGCUCUCCCCCAUCAUGCAGGUCUACAUUACUGCUGGUGUUGUCUACCAGGGGAAGACCUGCGGCUUGUGUGGAAACUUUAACAAUAUCCAGGCUGAUGACUUCAAAGCCAUCAGUGGAGUGGUUGAGGGAACGGCCGUGGCAUUUGCAAACACCUGGAAAACAAGAGCCAGCUGCCCUGACGCGAAGAAAAACUAUGAAAACCCAUGCAGCCUGAGCGUGCAAAAUGAGAAAUAUGCACAGCACUGGUGCUCUCUUCUGUCAGAUCCACAAUCGGUGUUCGCCCCUUGCCAUGCUGAGAUAAGCCCAGAUGCAUACAAAGCAAACUGCAUGUACGACAGCUGUAACUGUGAGAAGACCGAAGACUGUUUGUGUGCUGCCAUCUCCUCUUACGUCCAUGCCUGUAUGGCUAAAGGUGUCCAGCUGGACGGUUGGAGAGACACCAUCUGCAGUAAAUACUCCACAAACUGUCCUAGCACGAUGGUGUACAGCUACAGCGUAAAAAGCAACAAUCACACCUGCCGCUGCUACGGUGACCCUGAUUACGUCUGCUCAAUGACCUUUGACCCUGUGGAUGGCUGCGUCUGUGCCGAUGGAACUUUCUUGAAUGACGACGGCAAAUGUGUUCCACCCACAAGCUGCUCCUGCUACUACAAGGGCUCAGUGGUGCCCCUUGGAGAGUUCGUGAGCAAAGAUGGCACAAUGUGCUCCUGCAAGCAAGGAAAACUGAGCUGCAUUGGCCACCAAGAUCGGCCUGCAACAUGCACUGCACCAAUGGUCUACUUUGACUGCUCCAAGGCUGCUGCAGGAGUCAAGGGUUCAGAGUGCCAGAAGAGCUGCCAGACUCUGGACAUGGCCUGUAUCAGCACAGAAUGUGUCUCUGGCUGUGUGUGUCCUGCUGGACUGGUGUCGGAUGGGAAAGGGGGAUGCAUAAAGGAGGAGCUUUGUCCUUGCGUCCACAAUGGAGUGCCAUACCAACCUGGAGACACCAUCAAAGUUGACUGCAACACCUGCACUUGCAAGGACAGAAAAUGGCAGUGUACAACUAACCAGUGUCACGGCACCUGUGCCAUCUAUGGAGAUGGGCAUUACAUCACUUUCGAUGGGAAAAGGUUCACCUUCAAUGGAGACUGUGAAUACACUCUCACUCAGGAUUAUUGUAGCAAUGAUGUAAACGGAACCUUCAGAGUGAUCACUGAAAACAUUCCCUGUGGAACCACUGGCACCACCUGUUCCAAGGCCAUCAAGGUCUUCCUGGGGAAUACUGAACUGAUACUGACAGACGGAAGCUACCAAGUCAUCCAGAGAGAUACUGGGGCACAGAUUCCCUACCAGAUCCGCACCAUGGGGAUUUAUUUGGUUAUUGAGGCCAACAAUGGCCUGAUUCUAAUGUGGGACAGGAAGACCAGCAUGUUUAUCAAAUUAAGCCCCACAUUCAAGGGUCAUGUCUGUGGUCUCUGUGGAAACUACGAUGGCAACGGAAACAAUGACUUCACCACUAGAAGCAAAGCAGAGGUCGUUGACGUUCUGGAGUUUGGAAACAGCUGGAAAGUCUCUCCAAGCUGCCCCAAUACUGGAAUCAAGAAGGACCCCUGCACUUCAAACCCAUACAGACAGUCUUGGGCCCAGAAACAGUGCAGCAUCAUCAACAGCAAAGUUUUCAGAGUCUGUCACUCUGAGGUGGACCCCACUCCCUAUUAUGAUGCUUGUGUGAGAGAUGCUUGUGCAUGUGACAGUGGAGGAGACUGCGAAUGUUUCUGCACUGCUGUGGCAGCGUAUGCAGAAGCAUGUAAUGAGGCCCGAGCUUGUGUUGUCUGGAGAAGCCCACAGAUCUGCCCCCUGUUCUGUGAUUUCUACAACCCCCCUGGAGAGUGUGAGUGGCAUUACAAGCCUUGUGGAGCCCCCUGUAUGAAGACCUGCAGGAACCCAUCUGGGAAGUGCUCCAGCCUGAUCCCAGCACUAGAAGGCUGCUAUCCAAAAUGCCCCCCUGCGCAACCCUAUUUUGAUGAGGACACAAUGAAGUGUGUGGAAAGAGAACAGUGCGGCUGCUACGAUGGAGAGGGGAAACAUUACAACAAUGGAGAGAAGGUUCCCUCCACAGAGAACUGUCAAACAUGUUAUUGCAAAUCAUCAGGAAUUCACUGCAGCCGUGAUGUUGAAGCGUGUUUUUGCACAUUCCAUGGGCAAAAAUACCCCUAUGGGGCUACAGUUUACAACACUACUGAUGGCAUUGGAAGCUGUAUACAUGCAGUCUGUGGUGAGAAUGGGACAAUCAACAGAAUUAUUGACCACCAUUGUGUUACGCCGACCCCAUCUCCCAGUCCAUCACCCUCCAGCACCACAACAACACCAACAACCAUCUUUACUUUCUCAACAAAGCCAUCUACAACAACUAGUGAAACACCAAUAUCAUCCACCAUAUAUACUUACCCAACAUCCUUGACUACGUGCAACCAUCCAUGCGAAUGGUCACCGUGGUUUGAUACUACCUUCCCAACACUUGGAACUCCUGGAGACACCAGUGACUACUCCACCACCAAGCCCAACAACUCAACUGACCUCAUCUCCAUCAACACUUCCAAUUACAACAUCCCCGACAACAACAUUAACCACAACUACAAGCACAACUACUACAACUCCAUCAACGGAGACACCGACCUCAACCACCCCAAGCACCACAGUUACCACAACACCCUCUACAACUCCCAGUCCACCUACUACAGCACCUUGUCAUGGAAAAGAAAUCUGUCAAUGGUCAGACUGGAUUGA